AUGGGCAUAGAGACUAUCGCUGACGUCGAGGAGUCGACGGAGCCUCCUAUAUGUGCUUAUACUGAUCCGAAGCCACAUUCCGCAGCAACAAAUGCAAAAUACAGCUCUAGAGUGAGCACCGCCGACGCAAAAGCUCGGCCACUGAUCAACGAACACCCAACACUUGCGCUCCGGGGGAAGUUCGAAACAGAUCGCCCAGCCUUCCACUGCGUGGAACCUUCCACUAUAUGUGAGCUACUUCAAACAGAUCUUCAAAAUGGGUUAUCUGAUUCGGAGGCCGGUCUGCGCCUCGAGCGCGAUGGCCCGAAUACUGUACUCGAGGUCAAGGGCGUCUCGCCCUUGGAAAUAUUCUUGAGACAGGUAUCCAAUAGCUUAACCAUUGUUCUACUGAUAACCAUGGGAUUGUCCUUUGGUAUCGACGACUAUAUUGAGGGAGAAUUCAUCCAGGAUUAUCGGGCAGAAAAGACAAUCCUCUCGCUGCACCGCCUCUCUGCGCCAGUCUGUAAAGCCAUCCGAGGUGGGCGAGUGGCGUCAGUCAAAGCGCAGUCACUCGUGGUGGGCGAUAUAGUGCGUCUAUCUGUAGGUGAUAUAGUUCCCGCUGACCUACGUUUGUUCGAGGGCAUGAAUGCCUCGACCGACGAGGCACUCCUCACGGGAGAGUCUUUGCCUGUAUUGAAGAACCCUCAUCAAACCUUUGACUUGCCGGAUAUCCCAAUCGGCGACCGAACGAACAUGGCAUACUCAGGGUGCAGUACCACUCAAGGCCGAGCCACCGGGAUUGUUGUGGCAACUGGAAUGGACACAGAGGUUGGAAAGAUUGCACAGUUGCUUCGGCAGCAAACUCAAAACGCGAGCGAACCUCCUCUCUUUCGCCUCCUUCGGCGAAUACAGACCUCGGCUAAGAAUAUCCUGGGGCUUGUGGGUACACCCUUGCAAGUAAAGCUUAGCAAGUUUGCUCUUUUGCUCUUCGCGCUUGCAAUUCUCCUGGCUAUCAUUGUCUUCUCGGUCAAUCUCUGGGAUGUGCAAGGCGAAGUCCUGAUUUACGGCAUAGCUGUGGCCGUGGCAGUCAUCCCAGAAUCUCUGGUGGCUGUGCUCACUAUCACCAUUGCAGUGGGCACCAAGGCUAUGGCGAGGGGCAAUGUUGUCGUCCGCAAGCUCCAAUGCUUAGAGGCUGUCGGCGGGGUAACAAAUAUCUGUUCUGAUAAAACGGGCACUUUGACCCAAGGAAAGAUGAUCGCUCGGGCAGCCUGGAUCCCAGGAGCCGGAGAUCUGAGUGUAUACAAUACCAGUGACCCGUAUGACCCCACAAGUGGCAUGGUGCAGCUGAAUGAUAUCACUUGUAGCUCUAUUGACCCCAAAGACAACUUUUUCCUUGACUCAUUUCUCUCGGCUCUGUCGCUUUGCAAUCUGUCAAUGGUGCAUCAGGAUGGCACAAGAUGGACCGCCGUUGGUGAGCCAACAGAGAUUGCUCUCCACGUUUUGGCCAUGCGUUUUGACUAUGGCAAAAACAAAGUACUAUCUCGCAAUCAGCUACAACUUCACUCUGAGUACCCUUUUGACUCAGCGAUCAAAAAGAUGACCGUCGUCUACAUGAACAAGCAAGGGAACAUCUAUCAAGUCUACACGAAAGGUGCACCGGAAGCUGUCAUCCCACAUCUUUCCAUCUCACCGGAGGAAGAACGCGAUAUUCGAAAGAAAGCAGACACAAUGGCGGAAGCAGGACUUCGAGUGCUUUGCAUCGGAUUCAAGCAAACUCUCAGAGAUGAAGAGAACAAAGUCACCCCAAGAAGUGCCGCCGAAUCGACUCUGCGGUUUGGCGGGCUGGUAGGCCUGUACGAUCCUCCACGGAUCGAGACUGCCGCUGCUGUGCGGAAAUGCCAGAUGGCGGGCAUCACCGUGCAUAUGCUCACUGGGGAUCAUAUCAAGACUGCUACUGCCAUUGCCUCAGAAGUCGGCAUACUGGAUCGUAUCUCAACUAUUUCAAAACCAGGAGAACUGAUUAUGGCAGCCGAUAAAUUCGAUCAGCUGGCAGAUACGGAGGUUGACUCGAUAGAACAGCUUCCUCUCGUCAUCGCUCGCUGCAGCCCGGCUACCAAAGUCCGAAUGGUCGAAGCCAUGCAUCGACGGCAAGCGUUCUGUGUUAUGACUGGUGAUGGCGUGAAUGACUCUCCUGCUUUGAAAAGAGCAGAUGUCGGGAUUGCCAUGGGCAAAAAUGGGAGUGACGUCGCCAAAGAAGCGGCCGACAUGGUGCUCACAGACGACAACUUUUCGUCUAUUGUCAAGGCCGUUGAGGAGGGAGACUUCCUCAUGCACCUGCUCGUAUCGAACAUAGCACAGGUACUGCUGCUUCUUAUUGCUCUUGCGUUCAAGGACGGUGGUGGGGAUUCGGUCUUUCCACUAUCUCCUCUGGAGAUUUUAUGGGCCAAUUUAGUCACAUCGUCCUUUCUUGCUGUGGGACUCGGCCUUGAAGAAGCACAGCCAGAUAUCAUGAUCCGCCCACCGCAUGACCUCAAGGUCGGCGUCUUUACUUGGGAACUUAUCAUUGACAAGAUGAUAUACGGAACCUUUAUGGGGGCUCUCUGUUUAGUGGCCUUCGUCUGCGUGAUCUAUGCCGCCGGAUCUGGCGUCACAGACCUGGGAGACGGGUGCAACGAAGGCUUCAAUUCCAGCUGCGAUACUGUGUUCCGGGCUCGAGCGACAACCUUUGCCACUUUGACGUUCCUACUGCUUGUAACUGCGUGGGAGGUUAAACAUUUUUCACGUUCUCUAUUUAACAUGGAUCCGAUGCGAACUCCAGGACGGCUCUCAAUCUUUCCUACCAUCUGGAGAAAUCGUUUCCUAUUUUGGGCGGUCUUGGCAGGUUUCGCCCUUGCAUUCCCCAUUGUGUACCUCCCAGUGGUCAACGAGGUGGUUUUCAGACACCAUGCUAUCACCUGGGAAUGGGGGCUUGUGUUUGGCUGUACAGUCACCUAUCUUGCAUGUGUCGAAAGCUGGAAGGCUAUCAAGCGGAGGUUUCGUAUUGGGAGUGGUAAAUAUGGAAUUGCCACACUCGAAGAUGGAAGGGCCGACGUUGACCUGAAAACGCCAACACUGCUGUCUCUCAAUGCGAGCAUGGAGAAGUGA